AUGUUUAGGUUAGGUCGUAAUGGAGUAGCACGUUCAGUGACUCGACAAUUGAGACCGUUGUUACUGGAGAGUACACAUGUCAAAGCUAUUAGUUCAACAGGGAUACCAUACGUAUCAUCUAUAUUAAAAACGCGAGGGUUUCAUGGCGCCCCAUACAUCUGGCAAUCAAAUAAUAGCAAUAAAUCUAAUGAGGAUCCACAUCAUAUCGGAAGUUUCAAAGUAGAAAAGCCUCAAUAUAUGCUAGCGUUUACUUGUAAGAAAUGUGAUCACAGGUCCUCGCAUACAAUUUCGAAACAGGCAUACCAUCAUGGUACAGUGAUGGUGAAGUGCCCCAAAUGUAACAAUAGACAUCUGAUAGCUGAUCAUUUGAAGAUCUUCAAUGAUAAUCAUAUCACGAUCGAGGAUAUAAUGAAAGCAAAGGGCGAGACUGUCUCUCAAUCUACCGACGAUCUUGUAUUUGAUGACAUACCUGAUUCUUUAAAGAGCUUAAUAGGACAUUACGCUAAGGAUGCUCCAAAUGAUUUAAAGGAGAAUAAAUUGAAUAAUAAAGAUAUACAUCGACUACCAGCGCCAUCCUUGGAGACUCCUGAUAAGAACAAGAACAACACAAAAUAG